UGCUCUUAUUUGUUGCUCUCUCUCCUUAUCUAUCUCUCUUCAACGAUGGCUGAACCCUACAGAGUGACGGUGAUAGAGGAAAGCCAGGUUGCUCCACCACCCAACUCGGUUCCAACCACAUCUCUCCCUCUCACUUUCUUUGACAUCCAAUGGCUUCCCUUGGGUCCCAUUCAAAGCCUUUUCUUCUAUCAAGUUCCUCAACCCACCAACUAUUUCACACAAGCCAUCCUUCCCACUCUCAAACACUCUCUCUCCCUCACUCUCCAACUCUUCUUUCCCUUGGCAGCCAAUCUGGUAUGCCCUCCACAAACAGACAAACCCCAUAUCCUCUACACAGAAGGAAACUCUGUCCCUUUCACCGUCGCUGAGGCUGCCGGCGAUUUCAACCACCUCAUUGUCAAUAAUCCACGGGAUGCUAGAGAAUUGCACCACUUCGUGGCACACUUGCCCCCAACACACGUGUCAUCCGAUGACACGCGUCUAAUCCCUCUCAUGGCCACGCAAGUCACAGUUUUCCCAAACGAAGGAAUUUGCAUUGGCAUGACCUUUCGCCACGCGGCAGCUGAUGGAAGAGCAAUCCACCAUUUCAUGAAAUCGUGGGCGUCCAUAUGCAGGACAGGUGGAGACUUGACUUGCCUUGACAAGUCACCGCCUUUCCAUGACAGGGCUGUGAUCAAAGAUCCAAAUGGGCUUGAUAACAAUUACUUGAAGGAAAUGGGGAAUUGGGCUUCAGCGUUGGACGAGGACUCAGAUCUCAUCAACAAAAUUGCUGAAAAGGUUCGGGCCACAUUUGUUAUGGGCCGAGCCCACAUUGAGGGACUUAAGCAGUGGGUCAAAGGUCAAUGCACGAACAAAGAAGACUUGGAGCCCUUACACUUAUCAACAUUUGUGGUAACAUGUGCACUCAUUUGGGUUUGCUUGAUCAAAUCCCAACACAAAGGAGUAUGCAACUUUUCGGACGAUAAUAGUAAGCUCUGCUACUUCAUUUUUGCAGCAGAUUGCCGAAACCGGCUUAAAUUUCCAAUACCUUGUACAUAUUUUGGAAAUUGCGUAGCACCAUGUUUUGUAGGACUUGAGAGGCGUGAGGUAGUGGGAGAAACUGGGAUUUUCGAAGCUGUGAAAGCUAUUGGAAACAAAGUUGGGCAAUUGGAGACUGAAGCUUUAAGAGGGGCAGAAACAUGGGCGUCGGUUUGGAAAGAAAUGUCUGAAAUGGGGAGUACUAUUGUUUCAGUUGCAGGCUCACCAAGAUUGGGUGUUUAUGAUACAGAUUUUGGGUGGGGGAGGCCAAAAAAGAGUGAAGUGGUUCACAUUGAUGUUACGGGGGCUUUUUCUCUUGCUGAGUGUAGAGAUGAGGAUGGUGGAAUCGAGGUUGGUUUGGCACUUAGCAGGAAAAGUAUUGGUGAUUUCAAUGCCAUCUGGGAACAAAGCUUGAAGCUUUUUUGAAUCUCCAUUAAUUAGCUGCAUCACUCUGGCAAACCGUUAACUACCAACAAGUUUUGUCAGCAAGCAGCAAGACUUUGGAUUUCUUACUCACUACGAGUUCUAUUGACGCCACUGUUUAGAAUUUUCUUGUUGAGAAAAGUUCAUCUUAUUUUAUCUUUUGCAUUAUUAUCUCUGUUUUCUUUCCAUCUUGUUAUCCGAUAAUAAGUUUGUAUUUAUGUAAGUUAAUGGAACGACGAAAACGAUAAAUGAAGUA